CUUCAGUCUCCAUCAACGGUUAACCAAAAACCGAUUCAGAAAUCAUGGCAAGAAGCCCUGUCAUCUAGAGGCGCAACAUGGUUAUCUAAGCAGAUAUAUAUGCAUAUUGGCGGCUUCCACUGCCGUUUCCAGAAGGGUGCUCCCUGCAGUAAGAUUAUAGCUUCAAGCAAGCGUAAGGCUGCAAAGGACUCCAGCGUAAGCACCGAGGCCACUAGAAGACUUGCCGAGGGUACCAAUCAAUCACUAAAGAGCGCUGAAGGAGCAAAAUAGUAGCCCUGUGCGCCCGAGAGCCUUCGCUGGAUCAUAGUCGGUAGAUCGGCACUUGGAUGGCGCCCAGGAGAAUGCUACCCAAAUAGGCAACUCUUGGGCUGCGAGCAAAGCUGACAGGAAGAAAGUGGAUUGGACUCGCGACCGUGUGGUGAUAAUACGGACAAACAGAGGAUGAAGAGAUUAAAAGUAUAAGGAGGACAAUGGUCCGCAGUUGGAUCAACAAAGAAAAGACGACUUGUUGACUGUUCUCACCAUCUCCUUCUUUCGCCACCACAUCGCUCUUCUCUAUACUAUCCAGUCACAUCUACCACCGUCACCAUGAAGUCCUUUUUAGUAUCUCUGCUUGCCGUGGCCGUGGCCGCUAGCCCCUUGGCUCCCAGAGAUGCCCAGGGCACUUGUGACCAGCCCGACGGCGCUCCAACCCAAGUGAACAACUCUACUGUCUGCCCUUGCUGGAGCUGGUACAAGAUUCAGAACGGAGACGACUGCGGCCCCGUGGCCGAUAAGCACGGCAUCACCAAGCAGCAACUGGAGAGCUGGAACCCGUGGCUCAACAUCGACGGUUACGAGUGUGUCGGCAUGUGGCCCAGAUCGAACGUUUGCGUUGGCAUCACACCUCCCGACAACCUUCCCCCUCCUCCUUGCAACAAGAAUGCCCCGUAUCCUCAGGGCAAGGGUACCGUGUGCAACUGCAAGCAGUGGUACAAGAUCCAGAAUGGCGACGACUGCGCUCCAGUAGCCGCCAAGUUUAGCAUCUCCAAGGACCAGCUCCUGAAAUGGAACCCGUGGUUGACCGUGGACGGCUACGAAUGCGCUGGCAUGUGGCCCCAGUCCAAUGUCUGUGUUGCCAUUUAACGAAUUUUUACGACCCAAGUGAGGGCCGCGUGUUGUAAAUAGUAGUGCACUUGGACACGGCGGCCUCAGCCAUACAGACGGAGAGUGUUUUUUGUAUUAAGAAGAGCGUUGCAUUCUUAUACAUAUAUAUCUUAGAG